AGUGAGAGAGCCGCCCCAUGGCAUUAUAUAAUUUAAGGUUCUGAGUCAUCUGGACGUUUCAUAUUCCUUUCAUGAUCAUGCAGUUUCUUACCAAUUACAUAUAACCUUGUCUUCCCAACGUUUUCUCUUUAAGGAUAAGAACCGUUGCUACACUCAAAAGGAGCCCGAAGCUCACACCUCCACUGCAGAAUAUAUACCUCCACCUUUGGACAAAUUCUCAUCUCAUUGGUCUUGGCUCUUUCACUGGCAAACCCUUCCUAGUUUAGAGUUUUUUGAGAUCAGAGAAGUUGAUAGGAUCACUUUGGCAAGAUAAGGCUUUUCUGAUCUGUGUGUGCAAACAUCAACAGAAGGGCUAUCUGUCUCUGCAGAAGUGGAUUUGUUGGGCUCAAUGAGAAACGCUCUUCUUCCAUCUGUACCCUUCCAUCUUUACAACUUUGGAAACAAUAUUGAAGUUCAGAUGUCAAAUUGGGAUGCUCAAGUCAACAUGAACAGAAGACUUGGGUUUUACAUGGGGUCCAAGGCAUUCGAAAGUGACAACCAAAAUAGCAGAGCUGGAGACGACUUUUCUCUUCCUCUUCCUCUUCCUCUGCAGUCAUCAUCCCUCCUUGCUUAUCAACCAGCUUAUCCAUCUGGUGCAUUCAGAUACCAUGAUGGUGUUUCCCAGCAGCCAGUCUUGCUGGACAAGAAGAUUUCAGCUCCCCAAUUUGAAGCAGAUUUCCAGGCCAUACAAAAUGCAAGGAAACGUCCAAUUGAGGUUGAUGACCUUGGUGGUCUGGUUGGUGACAAGACAGCUCUAAACGAAUGGAACCAAAAUAAGAGAAGCAAGGUGACAAAUUCUCAACAACAAUGGCAUCAACAGUUCCAAGAAACCUCAAUGCAACAACAAAACAAUAAGAAGUUGCAUGCGCCUGUGAGAAGAAGCCAAAAGCUCAGUGACAAGAUCACGGUUCUUCAGAAACUGGUUUCCCCCUAUGGCAAGACUGACACUGCCUCAGUUCUUCAAGAGGCUUCCAUUUAUAUCAUGCUACUUCAAGAACAAAUUCAGCAGAAUCUGCUAAGGAUGUUUAGUAGUUCAUACAAGAAUGCUGCAGUUCUUCACACACAGGAAUGUGGGAGCCGGCAGGUGCUCGACCUCAGAAGCAAAGGCCUUUGUUUGGUUCCUGUAUCUGUUACUCAGAAAGUGACCAUGGAAGAGGGUGUUGAUCAUGCUGCUACAUCAAGAAAAAUUGUCAUAGCUAAUAACUUGUACUGAUCUAUAAACACCAGCCCAACUAUUUUGAACUAUAGAAUUUUAAUCCCUUCCUUCUUAGAGUUGAUUUGAAGAGGGAAUUGAGAGAAUAUUAAUCUUGAACCAAAGAGAGGUCCCUUUGCCCCACUUUGUUACUUAAUUAUAACAAAAGGUGAUGUGUUGAGUAGCUUCGGUUUUAUGGGCAAGUCCUAAUAUUACAUCAUUUCAUACUCCUUUUAUUCGA